AAUUAUUUAAAAAAUCUUUUUUUAACACAUCUAAUUUCAAGAAUCGUGAUGAAUUUCGAUGAAGCUUCUUAAUCUUCACUCCAUACUUAUAGAGUCAAAACUCGUCAAUAAUAAAAGGGCAUUUAACCUUGUAUUCAAAAAUCAAAAAGAAAAUAUAGUCAUAUUUCUCCAGAUAGAAAGACUUAGUUAAUUUCUCUUGUGCUUGAUAAAAAACUUAGAAUCAAAGAUGUAUAUAUUUAUAAAUAUUACUUGCAUUAGGCAGCUAUAAUUUGUAGUUUAAAUUACUCCACAGCCAAAACCAUUCUGUAUACUUUGAGACAUAGACCACCUAAGUAAGCCUUAUUUAAAUCAAUUUCAAAUUCAAGAAAGCCAAAACUCAUAAUGAAAAUUCUUAUUAAAGGCAAACUUGUGAAUGAAUAUGAUUUUUAUGCAAAAUCGCUUCAGAGCUGA